AUGAGCAAUGCCCAGGAAUUGCUGACCCUGGAGGAUGUAGUGGUGGAGUUCACCUGGCAGGAGUGGCAGCUCCUGGGCCCUGCUCAGAAGGACCUGUACUGGGACGUGAUGUUGGAGAAUUACAGCAACCUGGUGUCAGUCGGUUAUCAAGCCAGCAAACCAGAUGCACUGUCCAGGUUGGAACAAGGAGAACCUUGGACAACAGAAGAUGAAAUGUAUAGUCGCAUCUGUCCAAGAAAUAUUGUCCCUCAAAGCAAAAGUCAUUUUUCUUUUAGGGAAGAUCAUGGUAUAUUUGAGUUAUAUAUGAAAACUUUGAAAUCAAAUUUAAGUUUAGUUGACCAGAACAAAAGCUAUGAAAUUAACAAUUCUACUAAAUUCAAUGAAUGUGGGAAAACAUUUUUUCAAGAUAAGUAUGAAGAACUUCAUUCUGCUGUUAAAUUUUCUGCAAGUACAAAACCUAAUAGCACUAAAUCCCAAGUCAAUAAGCAUCAGAGAACUCAUGACAUAGAGAAAACCCAUGUAUGCAGUCAAUGUGGAAAAGCCUUUGUCAAGAAGUCUCAGCUCGCUGAUCAUGAGAGAGUUCAUACAGGAGAAAAACCUUACGGAUGUAAUAUGUGUGCAAAAGUAUUCUCCAGAAAGUCCAGGCUCAAUGAACAUCAGAGAAUUCACAAAAGAGAGAAAUCCUUUAUAUGCAAUGAAUGUGGAAAAGUAUUUACCAUGAAAAGCCGUCUGAUUGAACAUCAUCGAACUCAUACUGGAGAGAAACCCUAUGUAUGCAAUGAAUGUGGAAAAGGUUUCCCAGGCAAGCGAAAUCUCAUUGUACAUCAGCAAAAUCAUACUGGAGAGAAAUCUUAUGUAUGCAGUGAUUGUGGAAAAGGCUUCACUGGGAAAAGCAUGCUUAUCAUACAUCAGCGAACUCAUACAGGAGAGAAACCCUACAUCUGUAGUGAAUGUGGGAAAGGCUUCACCACAAAGCACUAUGUCAUCAUACAUCAACGAAAUCAUACAGGAGAGAAACCAUAUAUAUGCAUUGAAUGUGGAAAAGGCUUCAUUAUGAAGAGCCGUAUGAUUGAACAUCAGCGAACUCAUACAGGAGAGAAACCCUUUGUAUGCAAUGAAUGUGGAAAAGGCUUUCCUAGCAAGAGUAAUCUCAUUGUACAUCAGAAAAAUCAUAUAGUACAGAAAUCAUAUCUAUGUAGCGAAUGUGGAAAAGGCUUCACUGUGAAGAGCAUGCUUAUUAGACAUCAGCAAACUCAUACUGGAGAGAAACCUUAUGUGUGCAGUGAGUGUGGGAAAGGCUUCCCCUUGAAGAGUCGGCUGAUUGUACAUCAGCGAACUCAUACUGGAGAAAAACCUUACAGAUGCACUGAAUGUGGGAAAGGUUUUAUCGUAAACAGUGGACUGGUAUUACAUCAGCGAACUCAUACUGGAGAGAAACCCUAUAAAUGCAAUGAAUGUGGGAAAAGUUUUGCCUUUAAGAGCAAUCUUGUUGUACACCAGCGAACUCAUACUGGAGAGAAACCCUUUAUGUGCAAAGAAUGUGGAAAAGGCUUCACCAUGAAACGAUAUCUCAUUGUACAUCAGGAAAUGCAUACAAGAAAGAAAUCUUAUCUAUGUAGUGAAUGUGGAAGAGGCUUUUUCAUGGAAACUGAGCUCAUUUUACAUAAGCAAAUUCAUACUGGAGAGAAACCUUAUGCAUGCAAUGAAUGUGGUAAAGGCUUCACUGUGAAAAGUCGUCUAAUUGUUCAUCAACUAACUCAUACAGGAGAGAAACCCUUUAUAUGCAGCCAAUGUGGAAAAGCCUUCUCCUCCAAGAGAAAUCUCAUUGCACAUCAGCGAACUCAUAUUGGAAACAAACCCUAAC